CCACUUCUAACUCAUCCCCGCGGCGGCGAUUAAUCUCUUCCCCACCAAAGCCGCCUGUCUCCUCCUCCUCUCGCGUCCCGCAUUUCUUUUCUAUUGUAAUAUAUUUUUUUUGGCUGGUGAGAGAUAGAGGAAAGCAAAUUCGACAUUUUUCAAAACUAUGUCAGCUAUCCAAUCACUAUCUCCGCAGUUUCUUUAUUCUUCAGCUUCUUUUGCUGUUAAAUUUUCAGUAAAAUUCACCGUCUCGCGUUGUUCAUUGGCGCCUUCACCAGUUACUGUGGCAAAUGAAAAUGCCGAGAAAAGGCCUCAGGAAAGAAAUGAAAUUCGCCUCGGCUUGCCGAGUAAAGGUCGUAUGGCCGCCGACACUCUCGAUCUUCUCAAGGAUUGUCAAUUGUCGGUGAAGCAAGUAAAUCCACGGCAGUAUGUCGCGGAAAUUCCUCAGAUCCCGAACUUAGAAGUUUGGUUUCAGCGGCCAAAAGAUGUUGUAAGAAAAUUAGGGUCUGGAGACCUUGACCUUGGUAUCGUUGGUCUUGAUACAGUUCAUGAAUAUGGUCAGGGGGAUGAAGAUCUCAUCAUCAUUCACGAUGCUCUAGAUUUUGGAGAUUGCCGUCUAUCCCUAGCUAUACCCAAGUAUGGGAUUUUUGAAAAUGUGAAUUCCAUAAAGGAUCUUGCACAAAUGCCACAAUGGACACCUGAGAGACCCUUGAGAGUUGCCACUGGCUUCACCUAUAUGGGUCCUAAAUUUAUGAAAGAGGUUGGAUUAAAGUAUGUUACCUUUUCAACAGCUGAUGGAGCCCUAGAAGCAGCUCCUGCAAUGGGGAUCGCUGAUGCUAUAGUGGAUCUUGUAAGCAGUGGAACUACUUUGAGAGAAAACAAUUUGAAAGAAAUUGAAGGCGGAGUUAUUUUGGAAAGUCAGGCUGUUCUCGUUGCUAGCAGAAAGUCAUUGGUCCAGAGAAAAGGCGUGCUUGAUGUAACUCAUGAAAUGCUUGAAAGAUUUGAGGCACACUUGAGGGCUAGCGGUCAGUUCACGGUAACUGCCAAUAUGAGGGGAAGUAGUGCAGAGGAAGUGGCUGAUCGAGUACUAAGCCAACCAUCAUUAUCUGGUUUGCAGGGACCCACUGUAAGUUCAGUUUUCAGCAAAGGCGGGGGGGUACUGCCUGAUUAUUAUGCUAUAGUUAUAUGUGUACCAAAGAGAGCACUAUACAAGUCCGUUCAACAGCUGAGGGCGAUUGGAGGUAGUGGUGUCUUGGUUUCUCCCCUGACCUAUAUCUUUGAUGAGGAGACUCCCAGAUGGCGCGAGCUUCUUUCAAAAUUGGGGCUUUAGUCACUCUAUUUCACGUUUGAUGUUCAACAAUCUCCGGCAUAUCUGGAGGUCAAUGCAAGUCUCGAGCUUACCAGCAAACUUGGAGAUAUGAAGCUCUGAUGGUGUGUGUUCAAGUUUUGUUUGCAAAAAUUUUCUUCAUAAUUUCUGUAUCGGUUUUCUGUAAUCUGUGAUGGUAGUAUUCUUUGUUGGCGCGGAUGAGCUCGGCUAGGUUAGCCUAGAAGUGUAGUUGUUACACUGGCACAAUUGGCUUGACUUUUUGCUAGGGUGUUUGCAGAUAAAUUACUUCACUUCUUGGUAUGAGAACAAUUAUGUGUGUGUGUUUGGAUAGGAUAUUAUUUAAAAUAUUAUGGUAUAAUUCUUGUAGCAUUUUUAUAA